CUGCGCAUGUGCUCCUCGGGUCUUCUCUGGCCGGCGGCUGAUGCCCGGAGAGGUCAGAGGUCACGGCAGUGGCAGGAGCGUCGGGAAGGGGGCGGUGGCCUGGGAGUGGACCCAUCAUGGCCGCGGCUGAGGUAGAAGUGGUUCCUUGAAGCGGCCGGGUAGAAGUUUCCGACCAUGCACAGUUUAGCGACGACUGCGCCUGUGCCAACAGCACUGGCCCAGGUUGAUAGAGAGAAGAUUUAUCAGUGGAUUAAUGAGCUUUCCAGCCCUGAGACUCGUGAGAAUGCACUGUUGGAGCUUAGUAAGAAGCGAGAGUCAGUACCUGAUCUUGCCCCGAUGCUAUGGCACUCCUUUGGCACAAUUGCAGCUCUCUUACAGGAAAUUGUAAAUAUCUACCCAUCUAUAAAUCCACCAACUUUGACAGCUCAUCAGUCCAACAGAGUCUGCAAUGCUCUGGCACUUCUGCAGUGUGUUGCAUCACAUCCAGAAACUAGGUCAGCCUUUCUUGCUGCUCACAUACCCCUGUUCUUGUAUCCCUUCUUGCAUACUGUUAGCAAGACUCGCCCCUUUGAGUAUCUGCGACUCACCAGCCUUGGAGUCAUUGGGGCCUUGGUGAAGACAGAUGAGCAAGAAGUAAUCAACUUUUUACUGACAACAGAAAUUAUCCCUUUGUGCUUACGCAUCAUGGAGUCUGGCAGCGAACUUUCCAAAACGGUUGCAACUUUUAUUCUGCAGAAGAUCCUGCUGGAUGAUACAGGGCUGGCUUACAUCUGUCAGACUUACGAACGAUUUUCUCAUGUUGCAAUGAUUUUGGGUAAAAUGGUCCUGCAACUGUCUAAGGAGCCUUCUGCCAGGCUGCUGAAACAUGUGGUCCGGUGUUACCUUCGCCUUUCUGAUAAUCCAAGAUGUAGGGCACGGGAAGCCCUCAGGCAGUGCCUUCCUGACCAGCUGAAAGACACCACUUUUGCCCAGGUUCUGAAAGAUGACACCACCACCAAGCGUUGGCUGGCACAGCUGGUCAAGAAUCUGCAGGAAGGCCAAGUCACCGACCCCAGGGGCAUUCCCCUUCCUCCACAGUGACAGCCCAAGGAAGUGACCAAACCCAGGAGGAAACAGCUCAGGUUUACAGAGAGCCAGGAACCAAUGACCUCUUCCAGAUCUUGUCAGGCAUGCAUGGGUAGCUCCUUGGACUGUCAAUGGCCACCUGGACUGCAGCCCAUUCUAUAGCAACCUUUCACCAUGCCUCUGAGGAUCAUGACACCAGCAGACACAGUUGGGACAGAGAAGCCCUUUCUUGGGUGUGGACUUCAUUGCAGUGAUCAGUUGUGCAGCAAGUUUGGCAGGGCCUCUGCUAACAGCACGUCUCCCUGUCUGGUUCAGUGUGGCAGGCUUGGGAAGUGUUCCUCAGUUUUUUUGGUUUUUUGUUAUUCAGUGUUUACAUGUGAGUUCAAUAAAAGUUGGUCUGGUCAUUUGACCUUCUUAGGGGUACCUUUUGAGCUGCACCUAGCUCUAGACAGAGGAGGCCUGUUUACCUCUUUCCAGUUGGGAACAAUACUUUUAAUAGAGGCGACCCCAUUAUUCUUUAGAAGGACAGCUGUUGUGGUUGGGAACCUUUGAGUUUUAACUCCCAGGGGAGUGGGGCAUUAUGGUAUGUCCUCAGCUUCUUAAAUUUUUCCUAGUAGGUUGGAAGGCAAUGAAUUCCUGGACUGCAUUCCUUUGGCCAAGCAUUAGAGCAGCCCUUGCCUUGGUGACUGUAUUUGAACCAGUGUCAAAUGUUCCACGAAUCCACCUCCACUUCCUUCCUUGUUGGUAAGACCCAGAAUGCUGCCCAAACAUUUCUCCACUGUUCAGACUGUGUCAGAGAGGAGAGGUUAUUGCUUGCGUGCCAUGGCUCAAUGCCAACAAGCCAUACAGCCUUCAUUUUGUUGCAGCCAAUGUUAGUAUAGGGUUAAUGCUACGGGUGAGCAGACAGCACAGGGACCAAGAGCUAUUUCGGACAGCUAGUAAAGGCUGCAGGUAUUUCACCCUUGCUGGCUGGCGCUGGAAAGCAUAAUGGCUGCAAAACUCAAGGGCUUUAGUGCUCUUUAUCCUCUCCUUACCAUGCUACCAAGCUAAGUGCAUCCAGUUCAUCAACUUGAAGUGAACCCCAUUUGUUGGUUCCUUAGCUAAGGAGCCAUUAAGCAGCCUGCAAAGCUUUAAGCAACCUUUUGCCUGCCCUCUAAAGAACAGAAGCAAAAUAAAAGAAGGGAAGGGGGUACGUAGAAGAAAUAAUCCAGGCUGUCUGUCAGUUGCACAACAACGCUGGAAGCAGCUGGCUUCUACGCCCUUGCCAGACCUCUUGGCCUCAGCACCCGCUGCUCUUUUGGGUAGGAACGUAUCUUCCCUUUUUUAAGUUUUGCUGAUGGCUGGCCAGGCCAUGCCAAGUGUGUCUUAACUCUUCCGUCUCUACAUGAACUGCUUUUGCUCUUGUAGCAGCUCCCAGUUUUAUAACAGCCUUGUCUUUCCAUCCCCUUCUUUGAGUGCUUCUGUUUUGUAACUUAAAUAAAAAAUAAGCUAAA